AACAGUCUUGAAGUCAGCAUGGACAUGAAUUUGUCAGCGCGUUGUGCUUUGGUUCUUUUUCUGUUGGCAUUUGUAGAUUUGAAAAUAGUCUCUGCUGCAGAAACGGGAGGCACAUCUACAGCAAAGCCUGGAGUGUGCCCUCGUAGACGAUGGGGCUCAGGGAUAUGUGCAGAGUUCUGUUCCAAUGACAGUGACUGCCCCAAUGAUGAAAAAUGCUGUCACAACGGAUGUGGGCAUGACUGCAUUGCACCUUACACAGUGAAGCCCGGUCGCUGUGUCCUGCCCAAGGGGACCUACAUGUGUGCCGAGUACUGUUACAAAGAUGGCCAGUGCCAGGAACAGAAGUGUUUCCGGAUAUGUUGAUUCUACGCCUGCACUGAGCCAUUGAAGCUUUAUUGGAAAUUCUUAAUAAUUAUAAGAAAUAAGUAG